AUUUGUAGUCAUUUUAGGGUUCAAUACUCCCAGAUUUUUCAUUUUCUUCUCUGGGUUUCUCUUCAAAUAUCUGAAGAACCUCUCUGAAUUGAAUGGAAAUUGAAUGGUCUUUACUCUGUUUCAACCAUCAAAGGAAUGUGAUAUUACCAUUAUGAAGCAACAAUCUAUGUCAAAACAUUCAAACCCUUUGUUUCUCAGGGGAUUUUAAAAUCUGGGUCUCCUUUAAUUUCUUGAUUCAUCUUGUUAUUCAUUCAAGAAGCUCAAAGGUACUAUUCCUCUGUUUUUAAGAUGAGAGAAGUGAAUAAUUCAACAAAACCAACCAAGUUUGCUGAUCAAAAUCAGAAUCCAACCAGAGGAGCCGGAGGAGUGAACCCUGUUUUAAAGAGUACAACGAAUGCGUCGAAGCUCAAAUCAGCAUCAUCAUGGGGUUCUCAGAUUGUUAAAGGGUUUUCAGCUGAUAAGAAAACAAAAACUGCAACAACAACAACAAUCCCCGCAAGGAGAUUACCACUUUCAACAUCAACUAACCGGACAACGUUGCCGCCGGCUAAUCAAUCUCGUGCAAAACGAUCAAUUCUCGGAGAAUUUACAUGUUCUGCACACCCAUCUCAGGUUUAUCCAGCUGAGAGACCUUCUUCUACUAAAGGAUCUCAUGAUUUGUUUCUGGAAUUAGAUCAUUUGAGGACCUUGUUAAAGGAAUCAAAAGAAAGGGAACAGAAUUUACAAUCUGAGUUAUCAGAACACAGGAAGAACCCUAAAGUUUCACAUUUAGAGAAAGAGCUUGAAUCCAAGCGGGUGGAGACUGAUAAUCUUGUGAAGAAAGUUGGAUUAUUGGAGACUGAGAGCAAGAGUUUGAUUGAGCAAUUGGUUUCUUUGUCUUCCAUUGUUGAGAAUCAUGUGCAAGCUUCAAAGAAACAAGAAAAUGUCAAUUCCAAGUGUAAUCUUGAGAUGGAAGUUGUCGAAUUGCGGAGAUUGAAUAAGGAAUUACAGCUGCAGAAGAGGAAUUUGAGUUGUCGAUUAUCCACUGCGGAGACUCGAUUGGCUGCACUCGAAAAUGUUUCUGAGAGUGAUGUUUUAGCUAAGGUGAAAGCCGAAGCGUCUACGUUAAGGGAUACAAAUGAGGAUUUGUGUAAACAAGUAGAGGGUUUACAGAUGAAUAGGUUAACUGAGGUUGAAGAACUUGUCUACUUGAGAUGGGUGAAUUCUUGUUUGAGAAAUGAAUUGCAGAAUUCAGGUUCCGAGAACCAGAAUUCAGUUGAGGAUGAUGGUGAGAAUGUUGCAGUCAGCAGCGGAGGAUCAUCUAGCAAAGAUUUGUUUGAAUUUAGUAGUGGGAAGAAGCUGCACUUGAUGAAGAAGUUAAGAAAGUGGCCUAAGAUUGGUGAGGAUUUGUCGAAUUUUGGGUUCCCACAUCUUGCAUUGGAUAAAGACGCUGCGGAUUUGUCAAGUCCGAGGCGGAGGCAUUCGAUAAGUGGAUCGAAGUUGUUUGCGGAUGAUCAGUUUGUGCAAAACAAGAGAAGACAGUCAGAUGGUUUUACUACUUGUGUUAAAGAAACUGAAAAUGAAGAAGAAUUGGGUGGUGGGCAGAGUCCUCGAUUUUUCGAGAACUCACAGGAGAUCAGUAGAAUGACUGCUGCUUUAGAUGUGGAGAAGCGAGCAUUACGCAUUCCAAAUCCUCCUCCAAGGCCUUCAUGUUCGAUUUCCAGCAAUGUAGUUAAAGAAUUUACGACGGCAUCAACUCUAAUGGCACCAGCACCUCCACCACCCCCUCCACCUCCUCCAAAGCUCUUAUCAAUGAGAAGUAACACGAAUGCGGUGCAAAGAGUUCCCCAAGUAGUUGAAUUCUAUCAUUCACUUAUGAAGAGGGAAUCCAGAAAGGAGUCUGCUAGUGGUGGAGUUUGUGAGGCACAUGACGUUUCGAAUGCUCGUAGUAGCAUGAUUGAUGAGAUUGAGAAUCGCUCCUCACAUUUACUUGCUAUUAAGGCAGAUGUUGAGACUCAAGGUGAAUUUGUGAACUCGUUGAUCAGAGAGGUGAAUGGGGCUGUGUACCAAGACAUUGAAGAUGUUGUUGCAUUUGUAAAGUGGCUCGACGACGAGCUUUGCUUCCUUGUUGAUGAAAGGGCAGUCCUGAAGCACUUUGAGUGGCCUGAGAAAAAAGCUGAUACUUUGCGAGAAGCAGCUUUUGGGUACAGAGAUCUUAAGAAGUUAGAAUCCGAAGUUUCUAGCUAUGUGGAUGAUCCUAGGCUUCCAUGUGAUACUGCAUUAAAGAAGAUGGUGGCUUUGUCAGAAAAGAUGGAGCGCAGUGUGCACAGUCUAUCAAGGACGAGAGAUGGGUUGAUGCGUCACUGCAAAGAAUAUCAAAUUCCCACAGAUUGGAUGCUGGACACUGGGAUUAUUAGCAAGAUCAAAUUUGGAUCGGUGAAGUUAGCUAAGAAAUACAUGAAGAGAGUCGCCAUGGAACUGUUAACAAAGAGAGCAUCAGAGAAAGAUCCAGCAUUGGAGUACAUGUUACUUCAGGGAGUCAGAUUUGCUUUCCGAAUUCAUCAGUUUGCAGGAGGGUUUGAUGCAGAAACAAUGCAUGCAUUUGAAGAGCUUCGAAACUUAGCAAUGUCUGAAAUACAAAAGUAAAAGGAAGAAUGACAACAGAUGGCUUACCAUCUCAGUAAGCAAUACAAAUAGCAAGGGAAUGGAAUUAAAACUUAGUUUGGUGUCAUAAUGAUGUUAAAGCUGAAUGAUUAUGGACUAUGUUCGUGUCCGGAUCUAUUUAAUGUGUGGUGUUGGUAUGUUUGUGUCUGUCAGUGGUUGUAUCUCUGAGCUCGAUUCGUUGUAUCACUAUGAUGGAGCUGUGAAGAGCUAAAAGUUUUGAUGAAAUUAUAGGAUAUGUAAAGGAAACUAUUAAUGGAAAUGUUGAGUUGAUGU